AUGGCAAGCCACAACGACAAUGAUUUUACUGAAGUUUUACAGCUCCUUAAAUCUGGUUCGGUUUUAACAAAGUAUAAGCUGAAUGGGAAAAGCUAUUUACGUCGAUUUUUUCUGCACGAGCACGAAAGUUUCAUAUCGUAUCACGGAUCGCGUAAAGUUUUCGGUAAACCACAAAUAUAUAAUAUAAAAGAUAUUGAUGAGAUUAGAAUUGGCUUUGCAGCCGAAACAUUUGAUCAACUUAUGAAACAUGGCAUUGUUAAAUCUGUUGAUCAAAAUCGUGCGUUUUCGAUUAUUUAUGAUGAUCAUCGAAAAGGAGAACAUUUAAUGGCGUCGGACAUUACUACACGAGACUUAUGGGUAACAGGUUUAGAAUAUGUAAAGAAUCGGCAUACACAAAAAAGCCAAUAUGAUUUUAUUCGAGAGAAAAAUUGGAUUUUGGAUUUUUUUCAGUCGGCCGAUAAAGAUAAAUCAAAUAAAUUAACAAAAGAUGAAUGUCGUUCGUUACUUGCGGAUUCGCUUAAUGUUAAAAUGCAUGAUACUAUAUUUGAACGAAUGUUUAAUCAAGUCGAUACAAGUCGGCGAGGUGCUUUAAAUUCAGUUGAUUUUGUGAACUUUUUUAAUUUAUUAACACGCCGUAAAGAUCUUUUUGAAAUAAUGAAAACAUUUAUAAAAAAUGGCUCGGGAAGAACCAUGGAAAAUAUUUCUAUGAACAGAAAUGAAUUACAUUCUUUUCUUGAACAAGCCGAAAAUGAAAAUAUAAAAAAUAUCGAUAAUCCAACAGAAUUACAGAGACUAAUUGAUACAUAUGAAUUAAAUAAUGAAUUUCGAGGCAAAUGCCUUCUAAGUCUUGAUGGUUUUCGAAACAUGCUAUUAUCAAGAAGUUUUGAUAUUAUUGAAUCCGCAUAUUCUCGUGAAGUAUAUCAAGAUAUGACGAGUUAUUUAUUCUACAGUCAGGUAUCUGGUAACAGUGAUCCCGAAGCUUAUAACCAUGUAUUAUUAAUGGGCUGCAGAGCUGUUGAAUUUGAUUGCUAUGAUGGUGAUGAUGGAAAACCAAUUGUCAAACAUGGUUUUACACUUGUAAAACCAUGUUCGUUUGAAUCAAUCAUUCGUUUUAUAGAACCAAAUCUGUUUAAAGUGUCACCUUAUCCAGUUAUUUUUAAUAUCGAAAAUCAUUGUUCAUCUGAACAACAAAAGGAAAUGGCUCUAAUAUUGAAAACUAUUCUCGGCGAUAAAUUGAUUACGAAACGACUCUCGAAAAAAGAUUCAUCAAUUUUACCAUCACCAGAAGAUUUAAAAUAUAAAGUUCUCAUUCGUGUAAAUAUAUUAUUAUUUAAAGUAAAAUCAGAUGAAUUUCUAUUUGUAAUUUCUGUUAGAGAUACUGAAUCGGAAUCAGAUGAAUUGUUCGUCUAUUUAUUAAAUGUUCCUUUUCGUGAAUAUGAUUAUGCUCGAAAAAAUUAUACAGCAUUAAAUUCAUCUUCAAUAAAUGAAAGUGCUUUGUUAAAAGCUACGCAAAAAGAUCCAAUUGGUUUCCUUCAACAGACAACAUGGCGCAUUCUUCGCACAUAUCCUGAUGGUUUAAGGCAAGACUCGAGUAAUCCAUAUCCUGUAUAUGCUUGGAAUUUCGGUGUACAAAUGGCCGCUUUAAACCAUCAAACUGUAGACGAUAUAAUGCCAUUAAAUCAUGGAAAAUUUCUUGAUAAUGGCUCCUGUGGUUAUAUACUUAAGCCAGAUUAUUUAAUUGAUGCCGAAGACACAGAAUUUAACCCGUGGAAUCGUGAAAUGAAUUUUGAUGAUCCUCAAAUUUUAACAAUAACAAUUAUAAGUGGACAAUUUUUACCUCGAUCAGAUUCAAAAACAAAAGAUAUACCUGAUGUCUAUGUAAAAAUAUCAACGCAUGGUCUGUCUUGCGACGAACAAACACAUCAAACAAAAGUUAUCGAUAAUAAUGGAUUUGAUCCAAUUUGGAAUGAAAAAUUUCAAUUUCAUAUAAAAUUUCCUCAAAUGUGCCUUAUAUACUUUGCUGUUUGGGAUUAUGAUACUGUCCUGUCUGAUGAUAGAAUAGCUUAUUUUUGUGCGCCAAUUAAAAUGAUACAAACCGGCUAUCGUCAUAUUCAUUUGAGAGCGAAUAACAACGAUGCAACCUAUUCAACUCUAUUUGUUCAUAUUGAUGUUGAAAAAUAUCAAAAUAUUGGUCUUGAUGAUAGUGUCAUUCGUUUACGAUUUUAA